GAAAACUCUCCCUCGCGUUGUUUAAGAGGCUCCUGGCUGCAGGGUGGGGAGGGAAGGUCCAGGACGGUCCCGGGGACUCCAGGGCGUCCGGCCCACGACCUGUCCUUGGCGCCAUGGUUGGUGGUCUCUCUGGACUCUUUUCCAUUGCUCAAGCCUGUUGUCUAAAAGCAGCCUGUACAGGGUGUGAUAGGUAUACAGCUGGUCGUUACCAUGGUGAUGGCCAGUGUCAUGCAGAAGAUUAUACCUCACUAUUCUCUUGCUCGAUGGCUACUCUGUAAUGGCAGUUUGAGAUGGUAUCAACAUCCUACAGAAGAAGAAUUAAGAAUUCUUGCAGGGAAGCAGCAAAAAGGGAAAAGCAGAAAAGAUAGGAAAUAUAAUGGUCACAUUGAAAGUAAGCCGUUGACCAUUCCAAAGGAUAUUGACCUCCAUCUAGAAACAAAGUCAGUUACAGAAGUGGAUACUUUAGCAUUGCAUUAUUUUCCAGAAUACCAGUGGCUGGUGGAUUUCACAGUGGCUGCUACAGUUGUGUAUCUAGUAACUGAAGUCUACUACAAUUUUAUGAAGCCUACACAGGAAAUGAAUAUCAGCUUAGUCUGGUGCCUGCUUGUUUUAUCUUUUGCAAUCAAAGUUCUAUUUUCAUUAACUACACACUAUUUUAAAGUAGAAGAUGGUGGUGAAAGAUCAGUCUGUGUUACCUUUGGAUUUUUUUUCUUUGUGAAAGCAAUGGCAGUCUUGAUUGUAACAGAAAACUAUCUGGAAUUUGGACUUGAAACAGGGUUUACAAAUUUUUCAGAUAGUGCGAUGCAGUUUCUUGAAAAGCAAGGUUUAGAAUCUCAGGGUCCUGUUUCAAAACUUACUUUCAAAUUUUUCCUGGCUAUUUUCUGUUCACUCAUUGGGGCUUUUUUGACAUUUCCUGGAUUACGACUGGCUCAAAUGCAUCUGGAUGCCCUGAAUUUGGCAACAGAAAAAAUUACACAAACAUUACUUCAUAUCAACUUCUUGGCUCCUUUAUUUAUGGUUCUGCUCUGGGUAAAACCAAUCACCAAAGACUACAUUAUGAACCCACCAUUGGGUAAAGAAAAUGUCCCUUUAAUGACAGAAGCUACAUUCGAUACUCUGCGACUCUGGUUAAUAAUCCUGCUGUGUGCUUUGCGGUUGGCCAUGAUGCGCAGUCACCUGCAAGCUUACUUAAACUUAGCCCAGAAAUGUGUGGAUCAGAUGAAGAAAGAAGCAGGGCGAAUAAGUACAGUUGAGCUACAGAAAAUGGUGGCUCGAGUCUUUUAUUACCUUUGUGUCAUUGCCCUGCAGUAUGUGGCACCUCUGGUAAUGCUGCUUCACACAACUCUGCUUUUGAAAACACUAGGUAAUCAUUCCUGGGGGAUUUAUCCAGAAUCUGUCUCUACCUUACCAGUGGAUAAUAGUCUACCCUCCAACUCUGUUUACUCUGAAUUACCAUCUGAUGGGAAGAUGAAGGGGAAACUUUAUGAAGGACAAAAGCUGUCUUGGAAGGUGGAGUUUGUGUGGUUGAAUCAGCUGAAUGUCAAGAAAAUCAAGAUGUUAAGAGUAACCAAUACUCUUAAUGUUAAGAGUAAUCAAGGUAGAAAUUUCAAACUUAGUAAUUGGAAUAAUAUUGAAAGAAAAGAUAUAUUCACCAAUCACAGAUAUGGGAGCAACAGUAUGAACCAUUAUUUAAACCACUGUUUUAGAGAGGUCUGCAAAUCUGAAUUAUAAACUUGAUUUUAGUAGGAUUCCUUAUUUGUAAGAUGAGAGGGAAAAAAUAGUCUACCAAGGGAAAACAAAGAAACAGUUUAUCUCGAAUCCCUUGCCUUAAUCUCUUUUAUCUUUGUAGCUGCUGAUGGAACAGAAAGCAGUAAACACUAAAUGUAUGAAGCAUACACAUAUCCAGAGACAGAGAGAAAGCUAGAACAGCCUAGAGGUGGAGUUUAGAUUAGGGACAGUGGAAGAAGGGAUGAGUUGUGUGCUGCAGAGAGGGGAGAGGUGGUUCUACAGCAGAAUAUCUUUUUGCACAUUCAGUGCCAAGGCAAAGACCAUGUGAUAGUCUCAAAUGAAGGUAAUUAUUGGCUAGUAGGCAAAAUGAAGAAAGUUGUAGCAGCUAUUUUCCUGGAUCUCUUCAAUUUUAAUAAUUUCUGCAAAAUGUACAGUUUAAGAUGGCUGACUCAAACUCACACUACCCCUGGUUGCGCUGCUCCUGAUGUUGGAUGGUGUUGAAGUGUAUGGGGCAUCCAGCUAAAGGGAAGUUGAGUUACAGAUCUUUGUCAUUCAAGUUUAGUGGGAUAUAUUUAUGUGGUUUUCUAUCACUUUCAUGUGUAGUUAUUGUUGACCAUCCAAGUAAGGCAUGGCUUCUAACUCCCACUGUGCUGACUCACUCAUCCAGCAUCAUGUCAUGAGAUGCUGGGCCAGAGAUACGUCAUUUAAUAAAAAUAGUUGUUUUUCUGGAUUUUGUGACAUAGUUGUUGUUUUCAGUGUUUUAAUAAUUGUGAUGUGAUUUUUUUCAUUGUAAGUAGCUAUUCACUUUUUAACCUAAUUCUGUAUACAUAAUUACAUAUUUUUCUUGAAGAGAAUUCCCUCAAAUUAUUUAUGCUUCAGAACCCACAAAACCUGAAUCUGCCCAUUUUUAAUUCAUCUAAUGAGACUUCAACUCAUUUCUCCCUUCUGCUCCAAUAACCAAUCAAUCAAUCAAAGAAAUGACAACAAUAAUUUGUCCAUCUGCCUGCUGAUGUGUAUAAGUACAAGAAGGUAAAAGUUUAUUUCAAAUUUAGACUACAAAUCUUUAAAAAGGAACUGCUUAGUUGAGGUAGUGUUUUCACCUGCCUGAGUUUGUUACGUGUAAUCAGUUCCAAAACUCUGACUACCGUAUAGUUCCUUCUUUAAUACUGCAAGAGGAUGAAAGGCACAGAAUUGGUUCUAGAGAUGAGGAUACAUUGUCACCAAAGAGGUAAACCAGCCAGAAGGAGGAGGCUGAGAAUUUAGAAAGCCAAGACGAGCCACAUCCCUGUUUAUCAUUAUCCUGGGAGUUACAAACAGAAGCUUUGGACAAAGGAACCAUUCCUCACUGGGGGAACUUUUAAAAAUAGUUUGCAGUGACCCUAAAAGCUGGGCUGGUUUUUAGGAAGCUGCCUUCAGAGACCACUUAGCAAGAGGAUGCUAUUAAAAUAAUUUUAUAAACCUCCUGAGAGGUUUGGCAGCUUUGGUAGGCUUGAUUUUUCCUCGAGUGGGAAAAUGGUCAAAAGAUUUGGCAUGUGGAGAAAGCUGAUUGGACAGAUGAAGGCUAAACAUAGGACUCUAGAUUUAGUUGGGUGACUUUUGAGGGCUAUUCUGUAGGUAAGAAAACGUAAGUGGAAGGAUCUAGGGAAGGAGGACACAUGGAUUCAAAUCCUAGCAUAUUUAUACUACUUGAUAGGGCCUACUUCGAAGUACUCUGCAGUAUUAUGAGGGUAACAGUACCUUCCAGGGUAUUCAGGGUUGUCAUGAAAAUAAAUCAGUGACUGAGACAUAGAAGAUCAGGGGUUCAUCAUCAGGGGGUACACAAAUGACCAUGAAAAAGGAAAGUAAACUUUAAAAUAGCUCAGCAAACUCAAGAUUUCAUUAAAAUAUUUCUGUGUGUGAACAUUUGGAAGAGAAAGUGGUUCGUAAUAUCAAAUUCUCAAGAGAUUUGUGACAAAAGGUUAAGAAUCAUUGAAGUAGGAGCUCAUUUAUGUUUGAGAAUGAAUUGCUAAGGGAAAGGUCUGAAGUCUCUAGAAUAGUCACCAAGAAGUAAAGGCUGGGAUGGAAGAGAAAUAGGUAAUAGUGGGAAAAAUGAUCAAAUUGACACUGAUGAAAUAAAGUAAUUCUGUAUUUGUACUCAGUACUAGUCUUUGUAAGUAUAUUUCUGUUUAUAUAACGAAAAGAAUGUAAAAUAUUUUCGUUUUUUUCAUGCCACAAGAACAUGGUUGAUUUUUUUUCAAUGCAAGUAAAUUUAAAAAGCAUUGGGAUGCUCUCAAAUAAAUAAAAUCUUAAAAAAAAAAUUGACUAGUAAAUGAGAAUAUGUUGAAUUUCUUUUAGGAAGUAGCUACUUAAAUUCAAGGUGUUAUAGCAUACUUUUUCUUUCAAAAUUCAAUCCCUUUACAAAUUUUAACAGGAAUGAUACCUUGGUUCAUUUUAUUUUUUUUUUAAGAUUUUAUUUAUUUAUUUGACAGAGAGAUAGCGGGAGCAGGAACACAAGCAGGGGGAAUGGGAGAGGGAGAAGCAGGCUUCUUGCCGAGCAGGGAACCCGAUGUGGGACUCAAUCCCAGGACCCUGGGAUCAUGACCUGAGCCGAAGGCAGACGCUUAAUGACUGAGCCACCCAGGCACCCUGCCUUGGUUCAUUUUAAUAAUUUAUUGAGGAGCUUAAACUAUUGGUAUCUGCACUUUACAGGCCUAUCAUAUUGAUGGUGGAUACCAUAAAUAAUCAAUUUCUUGGCAUGUCUAGUUUUUACACAGCUUUAUCAUACUACUGAUACCCUAUAGCCGAAGUCUAAAAUCCCCUCGCCCCACAGCACACAGACUCGUACUCAUUCACCCAUCAUCCAACUAAACCUAUACAUCAUUAUAUCCUUAGCAUAAAGAUCACCUUCUUGGCAGGGAGGGGGUGGGCUUUCUUCAAUCUAGUUGAACAGCUUCCUUUCUUGCACUUUAAUUACUUGUUCAACUCUUGUUUUUGCUGCCAGACUAUAUAUAAGGACUGGGUGGCAAGAACUGAGGGUUCUCCGCCCCACUACUGUUUCUCUAGGGUUUAGCAGACAGCCUGAUUUAUAACAAGCCCUUAAAAAAAUGAUUAUUACUACUUAUUUUAAAACUAUCUUAAUUUUUAAGUAGGCUCCACACAGAUCUUGAACUCAAAACUUGAGCCAAGAUCAAGAGUCAGAUGUUUAACCGAUUGAACCACCCAGACACCCUAAAACUAUCUUAAAUUUACAUCUAAGUUUCAAAUACAUUACAGAGGACUUUUUUUUUUAAUUUGCUGAACUAUUUGAUAGUAAGCUGCUCAUAAAAUGCCCUUUCACUCUCUAAUCCUGUAGUGUUUUCUUGCGAAAGACCUUCUCCUAUAUAAUCAGUAUAACAAUCAAAAUCAGAAAUUUGAUAUUGAUACAUAACUUCUAUCUAAAUUUUAAGCCACAGUCAGGAUUUGCCAAUUUUGUUGAUAAUAUCCUUUAUGUAAUCCAGUAUAGAAUUUCACUCAAUUUAGUUGUCAGGCUCUUCAGUCUGAAAUAGAUUUUUAAUCUUUUCUUGGUUUUAUGGCCUUAACCGUUUUGAAGAUUCUAGGCGGGUUAUUUUCUAGGUUGACCCUCAGUUUGGCUUUUUCUAAUUUUUAUGAGUAAAUUCAGGUUAUUCAACUUUGGGAGGAUUAUCACUUAAGUGACAUCUUGCUUUUCUCAUUGUAUCCUAUCAGCUGGCACACAAUUACUGUUCACUUUAAUCCCUUGAUUAAGGUGGUGUCUGCCACUCUGAAGAUUUUUUUUUUAAUCUCUUUGUAAUAAGUAUUUUGUGGAGAGGUACUUUGAAAAAAUGUAAAUAUCUUGGUCCUCACCAAAUGUACAGUUAAUUAACUUAAAUCAUAUAGACUCAUGUUUAUUAAAUGGGUCAUAACCUGUUACUACUGUUAUUUAUUGUGAUGCUCAUAUUGUCCCAGAUAAUGCCAGUGGAAGUUCCUUCAAGCUGGCUUCUAUGACCUUUGGACAUGUCUCCAUUGUUCUCUGAGAUCUUAUUUUCUGGCACCGCAAAGUAUUCCAGACUCCUCUUGCACUUUCCUUACUCUGGAAUCAGUCAUUUCUCUAAGAAACCCAGUUUUCUCGGGACUCCUGGGUGGCUCAGUUGGUUAGGCGACUGCCUUCGGCUCAGGUCAUGAUCCUGGAGUCCCGGGAUCGAGUCCCACAUCGGGCUCUCUGCUCAGCAGGGAGUCUGCUUCUCCCUCUGACCCUCCCCCCUCUCAUGCUCUCUCUAUCUCAUUCUCUCUCUCAAAUAAAUAAACAAAAUCUUUAAAAAAAAAGAAACCCAGUUUUCUUUUAGUGGAGAAUGAUAAUUAGACACCAUGAAUUGAGCAUUCAGGUGUGUUGAUUGCUUUUGGAUCAUCCUUGUUCCCAGACUUUCUCAGUGGACAGAACUAUGGAAUAGAUAAGUCUGAUUGUACGUACACACGCACACAUGCUUGUGCAAAUAUGCGGAUAUUCAUUUACAAUGAUUUUUUUUUCAUAUUCCGUCUCUAUAUGUUGACAACCAUCGCAGUGCCAUCUCUCCACCACCCCCCAUGGAUGCCCACCUAAAGCCUUUAAGUACUGCAUUGUUAAAGAGGAAGAAGGGGUCAAAGUACUUUUUAAAUAUCUGAAUAAAAACUAACUUGAGAUGUUACCUUUGUGUCAAGUUCCUCCAACUUCUUGAUGUAUUUUAUCUCCUUUUUCAGACUAAUCUGCAUUUCUCUGGGUAUAUGAUAGGGAGAGCUCUUGCCUCAUCGAAAGAGGAGUAUAAAGAGUCAGUGCUUUUCUACCUUUAUCUUAAGUUUUUUGUAUUUGUAUUUGUUUAGCUCUGUAUUUCUCACUUAGUAUUUUUAGCAAGAAAUGCUUUAUUGUAGGAUUGUCGCAUACACUGCAAGAUAUUUUGUUCCCUGACUCUACAUUCACUAUUGCCACCUGAGGCCCCCCACUUAAAAAUGGGGUAACUAAAAAGCAAAAACAAAGUACUUUUACACAUUUCCAGCUGCCUUGUAGGAAGGCAACCUUCCCCUAGUUGAAAACCCCUGGAGCUCUUUGCAAUUGUAUAAUAACUGUUCCCUUAAUACAUUCUUAGGUUCACACCAAUUCACAUGGAAACACACACACAACAGUUUAACUACCUCAGUCUAUUCUCCAUCAAGUGGGUUAGCCUUGUAAAAUCAAUGCUCUC